UCAGGACCAUGGACUCUGCCUCUCUCAUGGAAGGUUCAUCUCUGCAAGGCCAGGUGACACCUUCUGCUCUUCUUGGGGAUUACUUGGUUUACAAGACGCUGCCAGUGAGACUUCGAGUUUACGCAGCUGGGACCUGGGCCUCCUCAGUUUUGUACCUGCAUGUGCUCGUGGAAAUUUGGAGCGUGUUGGAGCUACUGUUUACCUGGACAUCUUGAGCCAUUUUGAACUUAAGGCACUGACGCUGCUAGCAAUGAGCUCCCAAAGCCAUCCAGAUGGACUUUCUGGUCGAGACCAGCCCGUGGAGCUGCUGAAUCCUACCCGUGUGAACCACAUGCCCAGCACAGUGGACGUGGCUACAGCGCUGCCUCUGCAAGUGACCCCUGCAGCAGUACCCAUGGAUCUGCGCUUGGACCACCAGUUCUCACUGCCCUUGGAACCUGCAUUGCGGGAGCAGCAGCUGCAGCAGGAACUCCUAGCACUGAAACAGAAGCAGCAGAUCCAGCGGCAGAUCCUCAUUGCAGAGUUCCAGCGUCAACACGAGCAGUUGUCCCGACAGCAUGAGGCACAGUUGCAUGAACAUAUCAAGCAGCAGCAGGAGAUGCUGGCCAUGAAGCACCAGCAGGAGCUGCUGGAGCACCAGCGGAAACUGGAGCGGCACCGGCAAGAGCAGGAGCUGGAGAAGCAGCACCGUGAGCAGAAGCUGCAGCAGCUCAAGAACAAGGAGAAGGGCAAAGAGAGUGCUGUGGCGAGCACAGAGGUGAAAAUGAAGCUGCAGGAGUUUGUUCUCAACAAGAAGAAGGCUCUGGCCCACCGGAACCUGAACCACUGCAUUUCCAGCGAUCCCCGCUACUGGUAUGGGAAGACACAGCACAGCUCCCUUGAUCAGAGCUCUCCACCCCAGAGUGGGGUGUCAGCCUCCUACAACCACCCCGUCUUGGGAAUGUACGACGCCAAAGAUGACUUCCCUCUUAGGAAAACAGCUUCUGAACCUAACCUGAAAUUACGGUCAAGGCUUAAGCAGAAAGUAGCUGAGAGACGGAGCAGCCCCCUGUUGCGCAGGAAAGAUGGCCCUGUGGCCACUGCUCUAAAAAAGCGACCCCUGGAUGUUACAGACUCCGCAUGCAGCAGCGCCCCUGGCUCCGGUCCCAGCUCUCCCAAUAGCAGCUCUGGCAACGUCAGCACUGAGAAUGGCAUCGCACCCACUGUGCCCAGCGCUCCAGCUGAGACGAGCUUGGCACACAGACUUGUGACUCGAGAAGGCUCAGUUGCCCCACUUCCUCUCUACACGUCACCGUCCUUACCCAAUAUCACCUUGGGACUUCCCGCCACUGGCCCUGCCGCUGGUGCUGCAAGCCAGCAGGAUGCUGAGAGGCUUGCUCUCCCAGCCCUCCAGCAGCGGAUCUCCUUAUUUCCUGGGACCCACCUCACCCCGUACCUGAGCACCUCACCCCUGGAGCGGGAAGGUGGAGCAGCUCACAACCCCCUCCUGCAGCAUAUGGUCCUGCUGGAGCAGCCACCCACCCAGACCCCCCUUGUCACAGACUGGUAUCUUUCAGGCCUGGGGGCGCUGCCCCUCCACACACAGUCCCUGGUUGGUGCGGACAGGGUGUCCCCAUCCAUUCACAAGCUGCGGCAGCACCGCCCUCUGGGGCGCACACAGUCAGCACCCCUGCCGCAGAAUGCACAGGCCCUGCAGCACCUGGUGAUCCAGCAGCAGCACCAGCAGUUCCUGGAGAAGCACAAGCAACAGUUCCAGCAGCAGCAGCUGCACCUCAGCAAGAUGAUCUCCAAACCCAGUGAGCCACCUCGGCAGCCUGAGAGCCACCCUGAGGAGACAGAGGAGGAGCUCCGUGAACACCAGGCCUUGCUGGAUGAGCCCUACCUAGAUCGGCUCCCUGGGCAGAAGGAGCCCUCCCUAGCUGGUGUGCAGGUGAAGCAGGAGCCCAUUGAGAGUGAGGAGGAAGAAGUGGAGGCCUCUCGAGAGGCGGAACCCAGCCAGCGCCCAGCCACUGAACAGGAACUACUUUUCAGACAGCAAGCUCUCCUACUGGAGCAGCAAAGGAUCCACCAGUUAAGGAACUACCAGGCAUCUAUGGAGGCUGCUGGUAUCCCUGUGUCAUUUGGUAGCCACAGACCUCUGUCUCGGGCACAGUCCUCCCCAGCAUCUGCCACCUUCCCUAUGUCAGUCCAGGAGCCCCCCACCAAACCAAGGUUCACCACAGGCCUUGUAUAUGACACACUGAUGUUGAAGCAUCAGUGUACCUGUGGAAACACCAACAGCCACCCGGAGCAUGCUGGAAGAAUCCAGAGCAUCUGGUCCCGCCUGCAGGAGACUGGCCUCCGUGGCAAGUGUGAGUGCAUCCGCGGACGCAAGGCCACAUUGGAAGAGCUGCAGACAGUGCACUCAGAAGCCCACACACUCCUCUAUGGCACAAACCCUCUCAACAGACAGAAACUGGACAGUAAGAAACUUCUAGGCUCGCUGACCUCCGUGUUUGUCAGGCUUCCUUGUGGUGGUGUUGGGGUGGAUAGCGACACCAUAUGGAAUGAGGUGCAUUCAUCUGGGGCAGCCCGCCUGGCUGUAGGCUGUGUAGUGGAGCUGGUCUUCAAGGUGGCCACAGGAGAGCUCAAGAAUGGCUUUGCUGUGGUUCGUCCUCCAGGACACCAUGCCGAGGAAAGCACACCCAUGGGUUUCUGCUACUUUAACUCUGUGGCAGUUGCAGCCAAACUUCUCCAGCAGAGGCUGAAUGUGAGCAAGAUCCUCAUUGUAGAUUGGGAUGUGCACCAUGGGAAUGGGACGCAGCAGGCCUUCUACAAUGACCCCAAUGUUCUCUACGUGUCCCUGCACCGCUAUGACGAUGGGAACUUCUUCCCAGGAAGUGGAGCACCGGAUGAGGUGGGCACAGGGCCAGGUGUGGGUUUCAAUGUCAACAUGGCUUUCACGGGUGGCCUCGAACCCCCCAUGGGAGACGCCGAGUACCUGGCGGCCUUCAGAACGGUGGUCAUGCCCAUCGCAAAUGAGUUUGCCCCAGAUGUGGUAUUGGUGUCAUCGGGCUUUGAUGCUGUGGAGGGCCACCCCACACCUCUUGGAGGGUACAAUCUCUCUGCUAAAUGUUUCGGGUACUUGACAAAACAGCUGAUGGGCUUAGCUGGUGGCCGGAUUGUGCUGGCCCUUGAGGGAGGCCAUGACCUGACAGCCAUCUGUGAUGCUUCUGAAGCAUGUGUUUCUGCUCUGCUGGGAAAUGAGCUUGAGCCUCUACCAGAAAAGGUUCUACAUCAGAGACCCAAUGCUAAUGCCAUCCACUCCAUGGAGAAAGUGAUGGACAUCCACGGCAAGUACUGGCGCUGCCUGCAGCGUUUGUCCUCCACUGUGGGGCACUCUCUAAUUGAGGCACAAAAGUGUGAGAAUGAAGAAGCUGAGACAGUCACCGCCAUGGCCUCGCUGUCUGUAGGUGUCAAACCUGCUGAGAAGAGAUCUGAGGAGGAGCCCAUGGAGGAGGAACCACCACUGUAGCACGAAGCUGCUGUUCUCUCCUUUGUUUGUCUGUCUUGAAGCUCAGCCAAGAAACUUUCCCGUGUCACUCCUGCGUCCUGCCUUGGUGCUCUCUCUGAGUGCAAAGGGACAGCAGGCGUGUAGCAGCAACGGGAGGCCUUUCUGCCGCCCUGGACCACAGGUCCGGAGACGCACACGAACACCAGGUAUGGCAGAUCACAUGGAACACAGAACAGCUCAAAACACACGGGCACACAGACACGCCGCGGAAGUCAAGCACAUGCUGGUGGGUUCCCCCAGGGAAGCCACGAAGGAAGAAGCUUGUGGCAACUUGGGCAGAGUUGCUGAAUCGAGUUGACAUGAGGAAAAUGAAAAUCAAAGAUCUAAUAAUACAGAACAAACUUGAUUAAAACUGGUGCUUAACAUUUGAUUCUUACCCACAAUCCCACAGUCUCCGUGUAAACCACUCAACUCAUCUUGUAGCUUUUUUAAAAAACAAAAAAAAACCAAAAAAACAAAAAAAAAAAAACAGAAAAAAAAAACCAAGAAAACAAAACCGUUUUCUAUGGCUCUGGCCUGCCUUGUGAACCUUAGUGGGGUGCUGUGGGGGUUCACAGCUUAGUGAGGGACAGAGUUGGAAGAAACUUUAAAGGAAAAAAAAAAAAAAAAAAACUGGACAGAACAGAAAUGUGAGCCUGGGAGUCAGCUGGAGCUUCUCGAAGCCGUCGGAAGAUGCGAGUUCUCGAAGCCGUCGGAAGAUGCGAGUUUGUGCCUUUUUUUAUUGCUCUGAUGGAAUUUUUUGUGGCUGGGUUUUCUGAAGUCUGAGGAACAUUGCCUUAAGAAAAAAAAAAAAAAAAAAAAAAAAAAAAAAACACCACUAAGAAUUGGUGUGACAGUGUCCUGUGGCUGGCUGAGCCUGGUGAUGCUGGCCUGGCAUUACAAGAAUGGGCACCAGCCACUGUCCCCGAGGGCCGAAGUAUAGCCAGCCUUGCUUGGUUUGAUUGCCAUUUAAGGAAGAUGAGGUAGUUCCAAAAAGCAGCGACCGCCGCCACCGGCAGUUUUGAAGUCUGACACGUUUCAAACGGAUCCAAAGUGUUCUUUCCUUACCCGUCACUUAGCAGCCGAGCAUCUCCAUUGGGUUGUGAAGCAUGUCGUAGGCACACUGCAGUGUUACGAUCGGAAUGCUUUUCAUUAAAAGCAGGUAGCAUGAAGUAUUGCUUAAAUUUUAGGUAUAAAUAAAUAUAAAUAUAUGUAUAAUAUAUAUUCCACUGUAUUCCAAGCUAAGAAACUUGAUUCUUAUGAGAUCUUGAUAAAAUAUUUAUAAUGCAUUUAUAGACAAAGUAUAUAUAAAUAUAUAUAAUAAAUCCAGACCGCAGAGGUCCUGGCAGGUGAAAGACGUGUGUUAGCUCUGAGGUGCUGAGGGCUGGAGUCUGGAUUGAAGCCCAAGGGUUUUUGAGCUCCAGAUUGGCCAGCUUCCAGAUUGCCAGCAUGUUCACCCCUGGGCAACUUCCCUACCAGUUUGUACUUUAAUUUUAAUUAUUUUCUAACAGAACCACCGCCCUCUCCAAGCCUCCAUGCACAUAUGUACCUGAUGAGUUUUUAUAGCAAAAGAUAGAAACUUGCUGUUGAUUUUUGUAUGAAUUUUUCACAAAAAGAUCCUGAAGAAAACAUUAUUUUGUGGAUUUUACAUUUUUCCCCCUUACCAUUCAGCAGUUUUCUGAAGGUGGUAAUGUCUGGAACUUUUUCUUUCUAAAUUCUUACUUGUAUAUUUUUUUUAGCUCUGAAGGUUAUUUUUAUGGCUUGAUUUUGUUUCUUUUUGUACAGCAAGCAGGGCUCUGCUUUGAGCAGGACCGCUGCUGUCAUGCUUGGUUUUUUUAGAGCAAAUCUCUUGAGAUUGAGCAGCAGGUCUGCGUGGCGCCCUUGUCCUGUCAAGCUCACCUGGGGGCUGCACAGCCAGGGGUCUCUGCCCGGCAGCACUAGUAGUAUUACAGGGUGGGCGGGAGGGCGGGCGGCAUUAAUGUGUGUGGACUUGUAACCACUCCAUCAGGAUAGAACUCCAUCUCUAGUUUCCCAAAGACCUUUGAGGCGUCCACAAGCGCCUGGCCCAGAGCCUGGCCCUGCACCUGUUCAGGAAUUUCCAUUGCGGCCUCAAUACCCAGACUCUGGCUACAGCCACAGCCCUGGGUUUGUAGCCUGUGGCUGCUGAACCAAGGCCUUUGUCCUUGUCCUGCAGGAACACACAGGGUCCUGAGGGACAGUCAGUCUUUGUCUUUGCUCUUUUUUCUUUUUCCUAUGACAACUGACUUUUUAACUGCUAACUUCUUUUCUAGCACUUAAAGCCGCCAAUUUCAUUCCAAAGUAUGUGGAGUUCAGACUGGCGAGAGGAAGUUGAGAUACUCAGAAGGAACAUCAAGCUUAGUCUCUGAAGUUGGUGGUGUUUACAGGGUAGGUGGGAACUAGAUCAGGCUUUUAACAGACAGGCUGAGCACACAUUCUUGGACUUUGGAUCGCUGGGCUGCUCUGAGCGCUGAGCUGAGGCAGUGGGUAGAGAGGUCUUAGGCCAUGCCUGCCUCCAUCCUCCCUGUGGCUACUCUGGCCCUUGGCAGAAGGAGCAGACUUGAGGGACCCCAUGCAACCUCUCCCUUGCUUGUCACUGCAUGGUGACAGAGGCCAGCUAGCUGCCCUUCUAGCCACCUUGGCCCAUUUUCUGCAUACCCUGCCACCUGCCCUAUUGUGCCAGCCACGACUCGUGGGAGGUGCACCUCAUCUUACUUUUUCAGGUGAUGGGUAACAGGCCACUCGGUGGCCAGGGUACUGUGAGAGGGACUCACUUUGGUCCUAUUCAGUCACCCUUUGAUGCAGGGGCCUGGCCAGCGAGCCAGCUCACUCCAGCUUCCCUGUGAGCUGAAAGCAUUUUCUUUAGCCUUUUCUUCCCUUUGAAGACACAUGUGGCUCUUCCCCACAGUCAUCUCCCAGGGCAGAGGGCAGAAGGUCGGCCUUGACCUCCAGGGCAGGACCACAGCACUCCCCUGCCUGGACCUUGAACCUUCCACCUCUCCCUUCCUUUGCAAAGGCUUUGGUGGGUGCUGGGAAGGGAGCUGGGAGCAAGCACUUUACAUCCCUUUAAGGGAAGCCCAAAGGCACCGUGUCCUUAGGAUGCUGGUGUUCACUCACCCUUGGGUUUUCCACCUGCACCCUGAGAGCCCACGCCCCACCAGCAGGCGGCUGUUCCCAAGGCCACCACCCACUGGGACAUCCCAGGGCUCUGGCUUAAGGGCCGCUUUAUCAAAGUUUCAGUUUUUCUUUACUUUCGUAUCUGUCCCCAAGAGGAAGGACCAUCCUACAGUGGUCUCCACAGCACUGGUGAUGGGCUUGGCCGUGUUUCUUUCCUCAGAACAUUCCUUCUUCACUGGUCACAGCCACGUGCUCAUUCCAUCCUUCUUUUUGUAGACUUUGGGCCCAUGUAUUUUAUGGGCAUUGAUACAUAUAUAAAUAUAUAGAUAUAAAUAUAUAAAUAUAUUUUUUUAAGUUUCCUACACCUGGAGGUUGCAUGGACGUACGCCGGCAUGUCUUUAUAUUGUAUACAGAUUUUGCACGCCAAACUCGGCAGCUUUGGGGAAGGAGAAACAAUGCCUUUCUUUCCCCUCUCAUGAUGUUUGCAGAUGCAGAAAUUUUUUUUCUGUAAAACAAAACCUUGAAGGAGAAGAGGGGGGAGUUUGAGUCUUAUUGAACUUAUUCUUAAGAAAUUGUACUUUUUAUUGUAAGAAAAAUAAAAGGACUACUUACACACUUGUCGUUAAGAGAGGUUUACGUAGCACCUUUGACAUACCGAUAGAGAGUCCAUUGUACCCAUGUGCAAGCUCCACAUUCAGACCCUACUGCCUGUCUGUCAAGCUGGCUGGGGGCAUUUUCUUUUGUUUUGUUGGUUUUCUCCUUUUCUCUCCCUGCACAGGGCCAGGUGCACCCUGCCUGCUGUCACCGGCCUCUGGUCAAGAACCUGAGGUCCUGGUGAGUCCCCAUCUCAGCACAGCUGUGCUGAUGGGUUCGUUCCUUCUGGAAGACAUGGGGCUAGGGUUCUGCAUUGGGCAAUCCAGGCCUUUGUGAGCCCUAGGUCUAAGCGACACUUGGCACUCACUGGAGGAAACUAUUUCUCCCUCUCAAGGAUCCGGGCACGCUCUGCACCCGGCCUUGGUGGCCUCACCGGGCUCACAUUGAUCAAAGUCUCCUAUGGAAAAAGAAGAAUGCAGACAGGCCUUGUUCAGGGUUGUGCACUCCACUGAAGGGGUGCCAUUUCCCAAUCUGUAAGAAUGUUAAACAUGCUGUUUCCAUGUAUGCUCAGGAGGCUGACCUCAUUCAGCAAGAGCUCUCACUACAGAAGUGUGGUCGAAGCCACCGGAGCGCUGCGAUGUGAAGCUGUGUGCUCCACAGCCACGGCCGCCUUCACUCUGUAACAGCCUGUUUUCUCUUUGAUUGUCUGGACCUCCCCUCCGCGGCGCUUUCUCCUCCUGGCGGGGUUGGGGGUCAUGUUUGGUUUUCUCAUUCUUGUUUUGUUUUGUGUGGUGGGUUUCACUGACCGGCGGGGUCCUCUGGCGGUCACCUCUUUCCACCUCCCGGGUCCAGUGUUUGUACCACAUCACACACUUGUCGCUCUCGUGGUGUAAAUAAAGACUGCGUUAAUUGCCCUCC